GAACACUUUUCCCUCUCCUUCAUCCCAAACUGCAGGAAUUAAGUUUUCUUCUAUUCAGUUGGGCGUAUUAUGUGUGUAGUCUAAUAUAUUAGUACACUUCUAACGUAGGAGCCAAGUUAAUUGUCAUUUUGUCUCAUUGCUUGUGAAUAUUUGGGAUUGGUCACUGCUUUGAAGGGUGUAUUGUGUGCCUGAGGGCAUCAUCCUGUGGAUGUGGAGAUUCACUGUCCAAUAUUCUCUGUUUGCUUGAAGGUUUAUAGUGGGCAACUGAGCUCCUUAAAGCUUUCUUUGGGAUAGGAGGUACAUCUCUGAAGUGCUGGUAGCUCUGUCUUUUUGUCUUUCAUCACUGGAUUAAUGCCAAAUUUUGCUUCAAUUUAGGUGUUUUCCUGCCCAAAGCAUACUGCUGUAGACUAAUAAUAGUACUUUUAUUUCAUUUAUAUGUUGUUUUAUAACCCUUUAAAGCAAAUGCAGUUUACUUCAAGAUGUUAUGCAUGAUGGAGUUGUAUCAUGCAAAUUCUGUCUUUUGAUUAUGGAAGGAGGUGAAUAAUGUAUUUGUGUGCAGUGCUGGCAUGUGUUUAAAUAUCAAGUGUUCUCUGGAUGUGUGUGGUUGUUAGUUCAGUGCUUAUGGAAAUAUUUAGAUAAAAAAGAUGGGAGGGUGUAUAUGUGUUUUGUGUCUGUGUGUGCAAUGACAGGUCAGGCAAACUAUCUCAUAUAAAAGGCUAAACUAUACUCCUGGAGCAGCACACUGAAGUUUUUCUGCAGCGAGUAAUAAAGGGGCAAGGAUUUCUUGAGGACUUUGCUGUUAGAUUGCAAUGGCAAAGAAAACACCUGCAGCAAUGUCUUGGCAGAAAGCUGAACUAAACUUCUGGGCUUUUUCAGGUCACCUUGUAAUGAAAGAAAGAGCUGACCAUGACAUUGCUAUGGAGGGACCUAACGAUUUGUUCGUAGGCAACUGCGAUGGUGCGGGAGAGUCCGAGACAAAUGAUCAGGUUUUCCAGCAUCUGACGUGCAUGGAUUCCAGGGAUCCACUGUUUGGCCAGAGUGACUCUCCUGCUGCCUUGCCCAUCACAGUCCACCUCUUAGGCAGUUCUGCCUCCUCGGCUGUGCCGGCACGGCUGCCCCAGCCACGGGCUCCCUCUGCAGAGGAGUUCCAGCUGGCAGACCAAACCAGGCAGCCUCUCUGUGAGCUGCAGCCCCCAGGAGGGCCCAGUGCACCCAUGAUGAUUGUUGCCAGCCAGUCAGAUGAUGGACAGGUGCUGCAUGUCAUUCCUUCUGCUCAGCCAGGAGUGACCCAAGUGAUUAUUCCUCAGGGUCGGCUUCUGGAUGUGACCAGCACACAGGAUGCUUCGGAAGAGAACUGUGGUGAUGGGAACCUGCAGACUGUGGUGGUGGCUGCUAUAGCAGACAGUGCAAGCAGUUACAUUCUGCACCCACAGGCAUCUCUCACUGUAUCGAAAAAAACAACCACCAGGGUAAUGGAAGAUCCUUUUCACAUCCCUCACCAGCCUUUGCCACUAAAUACCCCUGCAUGGGCACGCUGUCUCAGGAACUGUGAGAAAAUUGGGGACUCGUACCGCGGCUAUUGUGUGAGUGAGACAGAAUUAGAGAGUGUUCUAACGCUACACAAGCAGCAAACACAAAGUGUGUGGGGGACACGCCAGUCUCCAAGCCCAGCCAAACCCGCCACACGGUUGAUGUGGAAAUCUCAGUAUGUCCCAUAUGAUGGGAUCCCCUUUGUCAAUGCAGGAAGCAGAGCCAUUGUAAUGGAGUGUCAAUAUGGGCCAAGGAGGAAAGGUUUCCAGCCCAAAAAAGCUGGUGAGCAGGAAAGCACCUCUGGCCAUCUGUACAAAGCCACUUGUCCAGCAAGAAUCUAUAUUAAAAAGGUGCAGAAGUUUCCAGAAUACAGGGUUCCUACCGAUCCUAAAAUUGACAAGAAAAUCAUAAGAAUGGAGCAGGAGAAAGCAUUCAACAUUCUGAAGAAGAACUUGAUAGAUGCUGGCGGUAUCCUCAGGUGGUAUGUACAGUUACCCACUCAGCAAGCCCACCAAUACCAUGAAAUGGAAACGUCCUGCCUCCCUCCUUCACCCUCCCAUUUUCCUGUGUCUUCUCCUGAGGAGGAGGAGGAAGUUGUUAGAGAUGAGAACUGUGCUCUGCCUUCUCGACUUCAUCCUCAAGUGGCAGACAAGAUCCGAGAACUGGUGUCUCAGGGAAUAGAGCAGGUCUAUGCAGUGAGGAAGCAACUAAGAAAGUAUGUGGAAAGAGAGUUAUUCACGCCUGAUGAAGUGCCAGAAAGACAUAAUCUGUCCUUCUUCCCCACUGUGAAUGACAUCAAGAACCACAUUCAUGAAGUACAGAAGUCCCUAAGGAAUGGAGAGAUGGUGUAUAAUUCAGAAAGUAUCCCAGCAAUGCUGCAAUGGACCACAGACAGUGGGAAUGUCCUCACAGAAACAGUGACUGUUACAUUUGCCUCACCACCUUCAGAUGGGAGCUCAGGAGGGGAGUCAGUCAUCACCAAAGCAGAAUCUAACCAGAGUGGGGAGUCCUUGCCACCAGAAACAGCCCAGCUGUUGUCUUCACUCUCUUCACUUCAGCCCAAGAUAUUUGCACAACUUCAGGGAUUACAGCUGCAGUCAGCAUUUACCUCCACAAAUGGAUCAACAGCCCUGAUAGCUGUAAAUAACCAUUCCCCUCCCAGCCCUGCAAGUCUCCUGGAUUCCCUAGGGAGUGCAAUAACCAGCCAUUCUCUAACACUUAAUCAGGGACAUAACCUGCAAGCAGGUGCUGGCCUAACACAGCACGGUGCUGCUGCCUCUGCUUUUGGGACUCCACCUGGCUCUGAUCAAAGUCUGGCUGCCAUAGGCCAGUUGGUACCAGCUGGAGGCGUAAAUGACUCCAGAAGCCUGCAAGGAGUUCAUCAGAUUCUCUUGGGAGAUGUACAGACUAUUCCAGUUCAGAUUGUGGACAACCAGCCAGCACUUACUGAAGAAAAUACGGAGGGUAUUACCUGUGUGAGCCAAGUUAAACAAGAGCCAAGAGAAAAAGCGUUGUCUAUGGAGCCAGAUAAAAUCAGAGACUGCCAUAGUUCCUCACCAUAGUUCUUCACCUACACCUGUGAAGCCUGGAAGGAUUUUUCAAAUUGGAGAACUCUAAUGUCUUGGAAGGAAAGGCAGGUGCUCUCAAAGUCCUGCCAUUCUUUUUUAAUUGUAUUGUGACAUUUAGACUAAGCAUACUUUAGAGUUGUUCUGACAGAAAGCUGUUUUGAUUUGACUGAUGUGGCUCACUGCCAAUUCCAGGUCAUUCAGUUGCCCUGUGGAACACCACCUCUCUCUUCUGUUUCAAGCUUUGAGUAAUUUGAUUGCUAUCCAAAUGGCCCAUUUUGGUUAAUGUUUCUGAAGGUCUUCCACAGUUUAAUUCCUUAGCUUUAAAGUGUGGAUCACAAUGCUGGGUUUGCUUUUUCUCCUUGAGACCCUCAACUGUUGUUGCACUACAGAGACCAUAGAAUCUGUCAGCUCCAAGAUCACAGAAUCCAAUGGCAAAGUUGAUCAGUAUGGCAAUGGUCAGGAUGCUAAACUGCAAAGUGAUAAAGAACAUGGAUGCUUAAGAAAAUGCAACUUCGACCUGAUCAUAAUGUUAAUGGUGUGAAGAUCAAGGAGAGGAGAAAGGUGAGGCUGCCAGGUGAAUGUCAGGUUGUGUGAUGAAGAAAAGGGUGUGAAUUGUAACGGUGAAUGUUUUCAACUUUGACAUCUUUGGACUUGUGUUCUGGCUUUAUGAUGAGGUUCAUUGCUGCAUGCAGCCUUCCUUUGCAGUGGCACUGUAUUAGCAGUCGUCGUAACAACUAAAUGCAGGAGUCUUGUCUCAUGGAGAAUGAUGGAUGCUGCCAUUUCAGCUUACCUGUCGUUUGCUUUAUGCACUUAAAGCUGCCAGCUCAGAUAAAUGUGAUUUAACCUGCUGCUGUUCAUGAUGUAGGGCUUGUAAUGUAGGCAUUCCUAACAAGCCCAAGAAAACAAAGCGAUAUAAAUCCAAGCAAUAUGUCCAAAUGUGCUGUCACUAUAACAUUCAGAAAACUAACUCAUCUUUUUGAACAGUGACAUCUUCUAAGACUAAAAUGGUCCAUAUCAUUAAAAUAAUUAGCAGCAAUCUUUAGAAAUUGAAUGUGAUAAAAAAAUUAUCUUUUAGCAAUAUUUAAGUCAAAGCCAUAAUAAGUGACAAGCACUGAGUCGUGUAAUCUGUGACAGACGUGUUUCUUUAUGUUUCUUUGGGCAGACAUGUCAAUUUAAAGCCCUAAAUGAAAUUAAACUGAUACCAACAUAGAUAUCAAGGUAAACAAUUACAUUGUUUGCUUCAGAUGAUGAAUUCGGAGAGCAAUAUUCAGAAUAGUUCGUAUACAGCAAUAGGAGCAGUUCCGUUAUUAGUUCCUACUUAGUGGUCGAGAGCUUGAUCAUAAAAUUACGAGGUUUUUUUCUGUAUGCUGUGGAAGAAUGCAGUCUGGGAACUUUUCUGUUUCUAUGACUUGAAAACAAACAAACAAAAAAACCCCAGGAAAAUGAUUAGUUUGUUUAUGUAGAGUAGAAAGUAUUGCAAAUAUUAUAUGAACCAAAAUAUUUACAUUUUUAAAUUGUUACAUUUACUAACUUACAUUCAAGCAUUCACAAACAUCAUCUAAAUAGUGGACAUUUAAAAUUAUUUUUUCAUUUUCUUUUGAGCAUUUCAAAAUUUGAGCAUUUCAAAAAUCUUACACUGAACUUGUGCCUUUAUGUGCAGCAUUUGUUAGGUAGGUGCUAUAUCUUAGUCUUAACAUACAUUAACUCCUGUGAGGUUAACUAGCAUUGUGAAUGCUCUUUGUUUAAAGCUAAUGUUUAAGGGUUAGCUCCCAUUAGAACUUUCCUACAGGAUCAUGCUCUUAUUAAAUAAGAGCCAGUAUUUUAUCAUGCAAGUGCAUAAAAAAAUCUCUUUUUUUUUUGAGCCUCUCAUAUUUAGUUUCUGAAUUGUUUUGUGGUAUAUCCUACUUGUUUCUGGCUAAAGACAAUUCCACAAGGUGCACCUGGGGUUUUUUUGGACUUUUUGUUUGGUUGGGUUUGGUUGGUUUGGUUGCUGUUGUUGUUAAUUGUGAACAUUUGUCCAGAAUGGAUGUCCUCUGCUGCAGUCAUAGUUCUGGAGCACUCAGGUAGCAGUCACCUUUUCUUUUCCAACUCAGUAACUGCAUACCAGAACAGGUACCUCCUUCUGUGUUGCUGUAUUCAAUGAUUCCAUCACCUCUGGUUUUUCUUAGAGUUUAAACUAGUGCAUUCCAGACUAUCUUAUCUUUCUCAUAUAUUAUAUUGCUAAUUUUUUUUUGAGAAUUUUUCCUCAUUUUUUAGAAUACUUAUUCUCAAAAGAAUAAACUACAGCCAAAGAUUACCAGCAAGAUGUUAUUUCAGUUUUAGUUCUCUUCAAAGCAAACAAUACGUUUAUGGUUGGAGUGAAAGCUUAAGGAAAGAGAAGUUACAUUUCCAUCAGUUCUUGCUUAGUUCCCUCAUUAACAUUUCUGUUCUUUAACAGUCACUGUUCUUUCCACCAUGAGCUCCAGCCUCAUCCUGUGCUGAACAAUAUUUCUGACAGUACUUCUAUUUUUGGCUUAGUGCUCACAGCUGGAGGAAAUACUCUUUUAGUCCAUCUUGAAUUGCAGGCUGCAAAAUUAAUUCUACCCUGAUUUGCAUGGCAUUCUGAAAACAAUAGAAGAAAAAGUUGGAGGAAAUUUAAAGAAGCAGUAAGGAAUUAGUUGGUUUUAAAAGCUGGGGAUUAGACUUGUAAUUCUGUUCAUCGAAAAAUUUAUUUGAAAUGCGUCUUCAGCCAAUAUUCACAUUUUUGUUUUCCAUUUUCUUCAUUUUCACAGAAUUUCAAUUCUUUGUCUUUCAAAUACAUAUUUCAGUUUAUUACUGUGUUGCUUUUUAAUUUAAUUUAACCUUUCUUUUUCAAAGAAUAUGUUUACAUUUGUUUUGUGUGUGUUGCUAGUGGAACAACAUGAACUCAUCACCCAUAUCCAGUCUCUAUACUCAACUUAAUACCUUUUUUCACUAAUGUCCAUCUAAAUUUUACAGAGAAGAUUGUUAUGUAUAUGAAAAAGAUCAGAAGUAAACAUUACCACUUGCAGUGCAGUUGAAUUUGUUUGAAUAGUAUACACAAGGCUGGUUUUUCAGAGAAAGCUGUGUAGCUUCGUGCAAAGUAAUUGGUUAUUACUUUGUGUUGGAAUUGUAGAUGCUUUUCUGAUGUUGACUUUGUUUUCUUGUGGUUAUGUUCAAGCAUUUUUUUUUGCAAACUUAGAGACCCUGAGCUUCAACAGUACUGUAAUUGAACAAAUUAUUCUCCGUUUAUUCUCGUUGUUGGUUGCCCAUAAUAGCGAUCGGUUGCUUUACAAGAAGGGCUGUGCUUCUGUAUGUGUAUGCAAAAAUAACUUUUUGAUAAAAUGUAGAGAAGGCUUAAAAAAGCACACAACCAGAGCUCUCACUCAAGGCUGGCAGCCUUUUGGAUGGAACCAGUAGUGUUAAUGAGUCCUUUUUGUUGUAUAAAGAUUGUUGCAGUUUGUACAAAAUUUAGAGACACAGAUGUCUGUAUAUGUAUGUGUGUGUAUAUAUAUUUUUUUAUAUAGUAACUUAAUGUAUAAUAUUCCUAUUCAAAUGUAAACUAAUUUUUCUUUUAAAGUACAGUCUAUGUUGUCAUUAUGGGGGUUCAUGGGGAGAAAUGCAAGAGCUAUUUUAGGGCAGUGAAUUUUGGGUAUGAUGGAGCACAAGUAGGAUGAAGGUGUGUGAAAAGCAAGGGUCCUACGGGGAGGGCUGAUGGGGCCCCAGUGGUGGGGGUGGGCUCUGGGGUUGAGAAUCCAUCACAAAGGUUCUGUGCAGCUCCUGAGUCUGUCCACAGUCCUGUCUAUGCCAGUAGUGCAUAGUCUGAGUUCAUGGUAGGAACUUAAAGGUAUGGAAGAAAAGGGAAGCAUGUCCUGCCCUCAAAACCAACGAAGCUGCUUGACUUCUGGUGAGUACCAGAGGCAGAUAAAUGACUUCCCAUAGUCUGAGAUGCCCCUUCUUAGCUUAUAAUAUGAAGAAGAAACUCCUCUUGGAGCUUUAACCUAGGACUGUAGACUCUUUUUCUUUACAUGAUACCAAGGAAAACAAAGCUUUUCUUCCCAACUGAAUUAACUUGCUGCUCUCCUCAUCCAUCUGACUGUAGCUCUGUCUACCUCAAGCAUACUCAGUAUCCAGCCAAAUGUCUCUUUCUUCACACUUACUAAGGCUUCCACAGAAAUCCCAUCCCUUGGGUCCUCCAAUCUCAAUGUUUCGCUGCUGGACUGUUGAAGCACCUGCUUUGUUCCCUGCACAAUUAAAUAGUGGUGAGAUUUGCCCCUGUCAGUUUUUCUUCCUGUUUCCUCAGAAUCCUAUGUCCAUAUGUUCCUUUUAAUUCCACUAAUUUUUUUCCUUGCUUGCUCUGGGGGUCAUCAUCAUCAUUACCUGGAUGAAUAUCAGGGAGCCACAUUUCACAGGACAUCAUUACAUUCAUAGCAACUGAAAGAUUUCAUAAAACAAGGAAGGAAAGGAUGGUUUCUGCCAGCUGUUAGGGCUGGGCUCUUUCAUACCACUUGAAUUCCUGAUUCUGGCUGUGGAUAGUAGCUGCCUGUUAACUUGUCUGUCUGUUGGCAAACUUACAAUUUUCUCCCUUAAGCCUAUCCAAGCAGAUAUGUUCUCAGAUGUCGAGGCAGGAAAAAUCUGUUCCAUUAGGGAUAGAAAGAGUGAUAUAGCUGAGGAUGGUGCCGUGAAAAGUUACUGCUCUUCACGGAUCUCUGAUGAGAAAAUUGUCUUUGAUCUGCCCUGCCCUUCUGAACAAAGCUUUCUUAGGAAUAGACUUCAGAGCCUGUCCCAUCAGUAACAAUUAUCUUCUCCCAGCAACAGUGCAGCUCAUUAAUGAAUGAAACAAGCAUUAUGUAAAGCAGGCUUGAUUUUUUAGGUCAGAAGCUAUCCAGGUGGUCUAUCCAACAGCAGCAACUAAGGUAUGAUUUGAGGGGAGAAGGAGGGGAAAGCAAAAAUCUCACAUACACCUAACAGGAAUGUAUGUGUGUGCAUUUGGGUUUUUUCCCAUGUAAGCUCUUACGUCUGAUAUCUCAUUCCAUUUCUAAUGCACAUGACAAAUGACAUGUUUACUUUCUGGAGGGAUUUCAUGUGUUUUCUGGAGAGACUUCAAGAGAGUGAUCAUAAAUAGUACUGCUGUAUCAUACAAAGUAUCAAUGUGUGUUUGUCAUCUAGGACCCCAUCCUGUACAGAAGGGAGUUUAAAAGCAUGGAAAGCUUUCUGAGUAUGAAUACUAAGUGUCCUUGUCCUAAGGAGUCUUCCCUGGACAGAAGAAUAGGAGCUGUAGGAGUUAUUCUCAUCAGUAGUCUGUUAGCCUCUGCUAGAUAGAAGAACUUUGCAAAAAGCGUGCAUAUGAUAGCCUUUUUAUGGAAGUUUGGAUACUUAAUGGUUUUGAAUUAUAUAUGCAUAGAGGAUUGUAUGUAUCUUAAAAAAAAUAAAAUGCAGACAGAACUAUAA